UGAAAAUCUACUCUGUAUUCAAUGUCUUAUUAUGUUAACCUUAGUUUUUGUUAUUAAAAUGUCACAAUAUCACGCCUUCAUUAAAACGUACUGUUGAUUGUGGUUUUACCUAAUAAAAUGAGGUAAUUUUUUUUAUUUUUUGACUUUUUAUGUUUACAGAUUUCAAUAAUUCUCAGCACACCCCCUCGGUACACAACUUACCCUCAAAUGAAAAGUAAACUGUUCCAUAUCUACAAAUCACCGCUUAACUUUCCUUAAUGUUUAUCACGCCCAUUCCGUAGAUUUUACGUCCCAUAAUAUGGUUAUUUUUACUUUCUGUCUUUUUAUUUUAAGAAUUUACUUAGUCAAAUCAGGAGACUUCAAUGAUCUCAUCCUCAUCGACCAGCCUGAGUUAUUGUCAAGAUUACCACUCAGCUGGUCCUGGGACCUUAUUCUUCAGAAUCCGUAUGAGGGUACAGUAGAAAUUUCUGAAUCUCCUGUAGACAAAUUCCAGAUACUUAUUAAUAUAACUGGUAGUCACUUAAGUGAUCAAGAAAGAUUGAAAUAUCGUCUAAGAAGUACAGAAGAUUCACUUUUUGUUGAACUGUAUCCACAGUUUUCAUCUCCAGCUCAUCGUAAUGAUGGUGAAGAAGAGAAAAUCUAUUUACAACUGUUAUGCGUUACAAUUAUAUCCCUUGUUCUAGUUGUAUUUGUCGUUUCUAUUAUAUUUUCUUGUUGGUGGACUAAAAGUUAUAAAAUACCAAUUGAUUUAGGUAUUACAGAUGCUGUUUACUAUAUUUCUUUGAAACAUGAGGAUGGUUUAGUAGACGAAGAGAAGAAAGAUUCAAGGAAGAAAUCAGCUGAAUCUGCAUCAAACGUCAAUGUAGCUAAUAUAUCUACAAAUUCUGGAAAUCAGUGCGAAUUGAUUGAAUUAAUAUCAACUCCACAUUCAAGAUCUGAAAAUAACAAUCAAACAAAAGCACAUGUUUACGUCUCACCGACUGUAGCGUAUGCCACUGUUUCUAUUGGAAACAAUCCACAAUUAAACGUUUCAGCACUAACGACUAUUCUACCGGCAAACUAUCCAUUACCACGUUAUGUUGUGGCAGCUGGUGAAAUGAGGAAUACUGGAAACAAUAACAAUAAUGUGACUUCGGAUUUAGAUCGAUUACCAGAUGGGACAAUUAUUGGCACACCAAUAUUAUUAUCAGCUAAUUCUUCGAAUGGUGUUAUUGCAGGUCUUCUUCCAGAUUCUAGCAGUGGGAAUAUAAAUCCAUCCGUUACCUAUGUGAAAUUAGCUAAACCAUUUGUCGUAAGCUGUGAACAAAAAGUUGCGUUAGAUGGAUUACAUAUUAAAGAAGAUCAUCCGCUUGUUAUGGGAUCUGUUCAAAAUGUGGAUACUUCCAGUACACCAAAAACUCUAGCUACAAGUUCUUUGCGCUUGAGAACACUUCCUUCAAGACGUCAUGUUGCUAAGGAAUUUCUCGAUGAGUCUGUUCUAGCUACAAUGUCACGUUCAAGAACUCCUCUGAAUAAUAAGAUUGGUGUAAAUCAAAUUACCCAAGUUCAUAGUGAAGCGGUAAUGACUACAGCGCAUACUUUACCCAGUGGUGCAUUAGUAUCUUUAAAUCCAUCAGUUCUGUUAAUUCGAACAAGUCAACCAGUUAAAACUAUUAAUGAGGAAUGUGAAGGCGGUAUGAAUGAAAGUAACCAAUUCAAUGUUAUAACAACACUCCCUGAAUUAUUGUCUAGUAAAUCUGUUGGGACAAUGUCUACUGGAAUUGCCAAUGCAGUUCCCCUGUAUGUCAGUAAUUCUAUGUCGGGUGCUUCGGGAGAAUUAAUGACAACUUCAAGUAUCGGUUAUAUGCCAUCAUUUUCAAUUCCAUCAAGUGUAAUUCCUGUGUCGUGCGAUUCUCAUCAAAUCCUUAAUCAUUAUAUACCUGGUCAUGGUUCAGAUGAAACAAGCGGUAUUCUUUCAGACUCUGAAGGUAGUACAAGCUUUACAGCUGGAGCUCAAACAAACGCAUUUUUUCUAUCACAUCCAUUUUAUCCGGCUUCUGGUAGUUCUGAUGUGCAAGUUAUACAACCGGUAAUUAGUAGUAGUGGUAUCAUUCCUAAAUCAACAAGCUCCACAUUUUUAAAGUCGCUGACCUCACAAAUUACAAAUCCAUCUGUAUCAGCUAUUCUUCCAUUAACUGUUCUAACUGAAAGAUCCAAUUCAAAUGGUGCAACUUAUAUGUCUACUGAUUUGAUUGCUGAAAUGGCAUCUUGUCCACAACAUAGUUAUUUAUUUAGACAGUCCACUUCUUCUGCUCCAGAGACUACUGUUUCUUUUAACACAGUUUCUGUGGGGACUACAUUACCGACAUGUGAAGUCACAGCUGUUUCAAUAGUUACAACAUCGACCACAACCAGCCGACCGGUUACCAGUAAGAAGUGUUUGAGUAUUUAA